GCUGUUGUUGUUCGUCGUAUUUCAGUAAUUCAGUUCAAACGAAACGAAACGAUUCAACAUCAAACAGAAAUUUUUUAGUUGUACGCUGGGAAGCGCAUUCUGGAAAUAAUUCGGUGUAUUUUGUCAUUAGCAAGUAUAAUUGAUUUGUUUUGUAGUGAAGUGAACGAACAAAGCAAAAGACACGCAAGCAAAUUGACUUGCCUAAAAAUCAACCUGUUUUAAGGGGGAAAACCACGGUAGUGCAAAAAUGGCGAGGGAGGUGAAAGUGAAUUGCGCAUCGGUCGCUAUAUUUGCAAUUUUAUUGCUUACACAAAAUUUAGGCUGCAGCGAAGCUAAGCGCGCUUUGAACAACAAUCGAAAAUCCGGUAGUGGACGCACACCUAGUAGUGCAGGACAUGUGACCAAACCGAGCUAUCCGACACAAAGUGGCAGCAGUGCAGGUAACUCGCACGCAGAUAUUGCCAAAUUGAGCUACCCAGGAUAUAAUUCGCAACCAAAUCGCCCAGCUUCGGCUCCAGGUGGUGGCGCAACAAAUACACAACCCAUAGGAUGGAAUGUGCCGAAAUCGCAAGGUCCGCCAGCUCCGGCAACCAAUGUACACACUCCAAUAACGGCCACUAAUACACAUGGUGUGCAGAGCUCUUAUCCUGGAGGCACUUAUAAUUCUCCUGGCGCAACAUACCAUUCACCUGGAUCGAUUCCACCUGGUGCAACGUACCAUUCACCUGGUUCGCUGCCAGCUGGUGCAACAUACCAUUCACCUGGUUCGCUACCAGCUGGUGCAACUUACCAUUCACCUGGAUCAAUUCCACCUGGUGCAACAUACCAUUCAUCGGUACCUGCAGGAGCAAAUGUAUAUUCAUCGCCUGCACAUAUGCCAGGUGGUUAUUAUCCUGCUGGUGGCAGUCAUUAUCCUUCGGCUGGUGUACCAGCUGGUGCUACAUACGUAGCUCCUGGUGCUGCACUUCCUCCAGGUGCUGUACUCUAUUCACAACCGCCACAACAAACUUCGUCAGGAUUAGGAUUUGGUUCUGGUUUGGCUGCUGGCGCAAUUGGUGGAGCAAUCCUUGGACACGUGCUUACGCCAACACAUACGCGUGUCGAAUCAGCACCAGCUGCCGCCGCUGGACAAUCUGGCAGCAACGAUGACAAAAUCAUCAUUAUUAAUAAUGGUCCACCCGGUUCGGUGACUACAACCAAUGCUAACGGUGCCACGGUCAUCACAACAGGUGUCGUUGGUGAAAACGCCACACAACCCAUGCCUGGCCCAGUACCCGCCGCUGCACCAGCUGAUCCCGCAGUACCCAAUGUACCGCUUGCACCCAUGGGCGAUAAUAACGCAGCACAACCAUCACCACCACCAGUACCAGCACCAGGUGCUGUACCCGCAGAAGUUGCUGCUGGCGCCGCUCUACAACCCGCUCCCGAACAGCCUCCACCAGGCGGCAUAAUUUGUGUGCCAGUGCACAUUAAUGAAACCGAUCCAAACGAUAACACCAAGAUGGUUGAAGUCGAGAAAAUUGCCUGCUAUCCAGCACCGCCACCGUCAGCACCUGUAGCUGGUGCUGAGAUGAACGGUACUGCGCCAGUUAUGCCACCAGCUGGCGAAGGCAGCGCACCAUUGGCACCAAUUAACCCUGUCACUGCAGCUUCACAACAAUUGCAAGCAAUUCCAACGCAAACACCUUUGUUGCCGGACAAUGCUUCAGCAAAAACAAGUGGUGCUGUGGCAUGGCUCAAUUCGAUGGCAACGGUGUUGUUGCCAUUAUUUGUUGCUUUUUUUGGAAUGCAUUAAGUGCGUGAAACCAUAAAUGGCAUGAAAAAGCAGAAAAAGUGAAAAGACCAUAAAGUAAGCAGCUAAAAAUAGUAAACAAAAAAUCGAUAAGCUUAGUAAAUUGAGACAACAACAAAUUGGAACAAAUGUUAUGGAAUUCACAUACCUCUUUUUGUAACAAAUAUUCUCUUACUUUUGCAUAAUGCUUCGAAUCUGUGGAAUCUCAGCAUAUUUUACAAUGCUUUUUUUUAAUCAUAACGCGUUUUUUUUAUUAAAAGUUAUUGAAAUUUCUCAAAUAUAUGUCGUAAAGUAUUAUAAGCAAUACAUGCUUUAAAUGUUAAAAAAAAAUAUUGUUAUACAUAUAUCCAUCACACAUCGCGCUAAAGAACAAAUUGGUCGCUCAAUACAUACACACACAUAUUGGUAUGUACAUAUAUAAGUCAUUAACCUGUGAAUAUACGUUUAACCUUUGUGAUGUUAGCAUGUACGUCGAAUACUAAUUGCAGUUUUUCGCGCGUCUCUUUAUAUCAUAUGAUUCUCAAUGUUGAAACAGAUAUGCAAACUCGAAACUCGCGCCUUUUGCAAUUUACAUUAGGGAAUUUUUUAAACCAAACAGCAGCAAGAGUGUUUGCGCAGUUUGGCAGCUCAGAACAAUUUAUAAUAUUAUAACAAAUCAGUCUUCUUACAAAUGCAACUAAAAAAUCAGUGUAUAGCUUUUGUCUUCAUAAGCCAUAAGGUUUAAAGCCAUUUUAAAUGUUAACUAAAAAGUGUUUAAAAUAAAAAAAAUACUUCCGUGUUAAAAAAUAUUAUGAAUCCAUAGUCACAUUUCAAACUCCAGUAGUCAAUAUAGUAGAAAUAGUUAUUUGCUAAUUUGUUGUAUAAUGCACUUAACAAGUUGAACAAUUUAAUACAAUUAAUACAAUAAAAUUAGCUUGCAAGCACCCCACACACUAA